AUGGUAGUAGUGAAUUUUAGAGAAGUGAGAUUGCCUAAUUUUAUCUCAAUACGUGCUUUGGUUGCAGGGCUUUCUUAUGAUACCAAUGAAAGUGUUCUCAAGGAUGCUUUUGGACAGCAUGGUGAAAUAAUUGAAGUGAAAGUUAUAUAUGAUCACGUGACUGGAAAAUCAAAAGGAUAUGGGUUUGUGCAGUUCAAUUCUGAGACUGCAGCCGGUACAGCCUUGAGGGAAAUGGAUGGUCAGUUAUUGGAUGGCAGACGUAUACGCAUUCAUUAUGGACACAAGGGGUGAUGACAGACGUAUACGCAUUCAUUAUGGACACAAGGGGUGACCACAAGGAACCGAGGUUUGAUUCAAGAACUGAGUUUUGAUUCAAUACUUGAGUAGUUUGAGUUCUGUUUUUUACUUGGGUGGUUCUUAUACAAAAUGAGAGAGCAAAACUGAAGUAAUAUUGGCCUUCACUCACUUCCCACAAGCAAUUCUUGACGAGGAAGUUGACCUUACAGAUUGAAUAUACCAUCUUUUCUGCUGAAUAGCUCAAUUGUUAG